CGCAGUAAACAAGGAAAUGUUUCUUUCGCGCUCUGUCCGGAACAUGAGCAAUGCAAAAUUCUGCCAUCGAUACAUGUUUAUGUCUUCCAUUCAGUCAUAGACUUCUAACUCAUAUUUCUCACCAUGGACGGUGCUUUGACUACUGAGCAUAAGGAGGAUGGGUCUUUGCGGAGGAGAAAGACAGAAGACGAAGGAGAGGAUCAGAUCGGGAGCAAGUUGUCAAAAACGGAAAGCACCGGUUUGGAGUCUUGCUUGGAUGAGCCAGUUGAGUUGAGAAGUGUUCAUGAAGUCAUCAGGUAUGGAGCCUCAUCUCUGCCAGCUAAGCAUUAUGACCCGGACACCACCGAGCCAAUCAGCUCCGGCCUUCAGUCCCUGGAGGAGCUGUUGUCGUGGAAACGCAGCGAGGCCAACCCCUUCAACGUGGCGACGGUGCCCCUGGCCAAUCGGGAGCCUUCUCUGGCCAGCACGCCGCACCGGACUCUGGUGAGUCACGACAUGAUGGGCGGAUACCUGGAUGACAGGUUUCUGCAGGGAGCAGAGUCAGAGGCUCCCUAUGUGUUCUACCACUGGCAGUACAUCGACGUGUUUAACUACUUCAGCCACAACAUGGUGACCAUCCCCCCUGCCGUCUGGACUAACGCUGCUCACAGACACGGAGUCAUCGUCCUGGGCACCUUCAUCACUGAGUGGACGGACGGGGGGAAGAUGUGCGAGGUCUUCCUGAAAGAGGAGGAGUCUUACAGGGCCGUAGCUGAUAGGCUGGUUCAGAUAGUCCACUGUUACGGCUUCGAUGGUUGGCUGAUCAACAUCGAGAACCCUCUCGGUGAGACUGCUGUGAAGAACACUCCUCUGUUUCUACGUUAUCUGACUGACCAGAUGCAUGAGAGAGUCCCUGGUAGUAUGGUGUUGUGGUAUGACUCUGUCCUGGAGAACGGACAGCUCAAAUGGCAGAAUGAACUCAACCCAUCCAACAGAGUGUUUUUCUCAGCGUGUGAUGGUAUCUUCACCAACUAUAACUGGACAGAGCAGAGCCUGGAGAGAAUGAAGGCCUACUCAGCUGCUCAGGGCCGGCUGGCGGACAUCUUUGUUGGGGUGGACGUGUUCGCCAGGGGAGAGGUGGUGGGAGGGAAGCUGGAGACUAAUAAGGCUCUGGAGAUGAUUCGUAAACAUGACUUCUCUACGGCCAUCUUUGCUCCAGGCUGGGUGUACGAGUCCAUCCCAGACAAGACUGACUUCAGGAAGGAACAGGACAGGUUCUGGUCUCUCCUGUCUGACUUCCUGUAUGUCCACCGGCCCUCGUCGCCCCUCCCAUUCGUCUCCUCCUUCUGCCAGGGUGCUGGGACCAGCCUCUACUGGAGGGGACAGCGUGAGGUGGAUCGUAGCUGGUUCAACCUGGAUGCCCAGGAGCUGCAACCCCUAUACUACAAAGAGACCCUUGAGGGGGAGGGCUGGCUGAGGACCCAGGGCUGCCCUGAAGAUGCCUGGAGCGGGGGCAGCUCUCUGCUCGUAGAGGGCGUCCUACCCUCCAUGCUGUCUAAAGUCUGCGCCAGGAUCUUUUCUCUCCAGGUGCCUCUAUCCUCCAGGGUCUUUGUGUCUCUGAUCUAUAAGCCGUCUCCUGGGGUCACUGUCUCUCUGGAGUUAAAGACUGCUGAUGCUACACUCUGCACACACAGAGGUGUCCAGGAUAUACCUACCAGCAGUGUUGAGCCUGCUGCUUUAACAGAGGACCACCAGUUGGUGAGACAGUUCUCUCAGAGCUGUGGACAGUGGAACCCAGACGGAUGGACUGUCAGGUGUUCCCAGUUGGAGCUGCAGGGCUGUACUCUGAGGGAUGUGUGUGUGAGCGUGCAGCGUGAUGGAGGAGAUAAGGACACACCCUUUAAAUGCCGGGUCGGAGAGAUUAUGAUCCUGGAUGCUGAGUCCCUCUCCGUUCCUCCCCUCCCAGUCCAGAGUGUGUGUAUCUAUGACGUGGUGUGGCUGAGGGGCGCCAGUAAACUUCAUCUCAACGCCACCCUGCGCUGGCGCUACCCUGCCCAACUCGUACGCCACUUCCUGGUGUACUGGCGCCGGCUGAGAGGUCCAGACCCCCGGAUCCCAUCUGGGAAGCUGGCCCUGAUUGGCCGAGCCUACUGCCCCUUGUUCCGGGUGACCGAGCUGACGGUUCCAGAACCUCCAGGUCUUCUAGAACUGGUGGUGGAACCCGUGUCUCGGGAGGGGUUCCGUGUUCCUGAGUCUCAAUGGGGGAGGAGGAGUCUCAGUUAUACUGAGGAGAGGACGGACCAAUCAUAAGACAGUAAAAGGGUAGCAACGUACUGGCUGUCCCAAAUGGAACCCUAUUCCCUAUAUAGUGCACUACAUGGACCCAUAGGGCUCUGGCCAAUGUAGUGCACUAUAUAGGGAAUAGGGUGCCAUUUAGGAUGUACUAUUGGACUUGCUACUCCACUUCCUUUCCAGAACACGUCCUGUCCAGUCAGUGAUAACCUGAUUCAGUACGCUAGUUUGUAGUGAUGUGAUCCUCCUAGUCACCUAUAGUUACCCAUUUUUUCUAGUAAAGAAAGUAUAUUUUUUUAAUAAAUAAGCUUCCCAGAACAAUUAGGGGAACUCCGCAUUAGAGAAGCCUAGGCCAGAAUUCAACAUGAAGUGUGCUGUAGGUAAUUCCCGAUUGAGCCGACAUCUGCAGCCCUUACUGUGAAUGCAAUCUGAGCAGAUGCAGGGACAUUGCCUUUAAAAAAGGUGCAUUGUUGAGAGCUCUCUACAACGUGCCACAGAUUGAAUCCUCGGAGAGCAAGCAGGACUGGACAGGUGAGAGUAAGCCAGAACGUGGUGCAGUGUCUUCUGGGUGCAGAGCAAGGGAAGGAUACUUCAAGCAGUACAUAGAGAUUCCCCCCAAUACAUAUAGACUCCCCAAUUGGGCAAAAGCCCUUCCUCUCGGCGACUCCUCCGUGACCCAGAAACCGAUAAGUGGUCGAGGAGUGUGUCAAUACGUUAAUCGGAGAAGGAAGGAGUUCCACAGAGGAUGCGGCAGGAAGUGACACACACCCUUUUGUUUUUUCUAAGGAGAAAAGCAUGCACACUUUAAAACUACACGCUACGCUUCCUUUCAUCUAGGUAAAACUACACGCUACGCUUCCUUUCAUCUAGAAAACUGGCUACAUUUAUUUUGGGAUUCUCUUGUAAAAAAUAAUAUUCACCACAUGCUAAAUGAAUUAAAGCAACAAUAAAGAUACUUUAUAAAAAUAUAUAUAAAAAAAAAAAAAAUCUGAAUUUUGUUUGAGUCAAAACAUUUGCACAACAGUGUUCCAUGUUGGUUACUGAAUGUCUGACAGUUCGGUUUGACAAAACAACAUGAGGACAUUUCUAAAAUGUAUGAAAGAAUUAAGACUUAGUUUCAUAUUUUAGUCAACAAAUCUCCAAAGCAUUCAAACAGGCACACUAUUUAGAAAAAAAAAGCUGUUUUUAAUUAUUAUUGUUCUCACGCUCAAAUGUACAAAGGAAAUCAAUCAGUUAGAUCAGAUGUUGAGUACCGGUCCGCAUCCCCUGUAGUAGCUCUGGUCCAGGGUGUCUUCCAAUAGUGAAGAGAGAAGCCGGAAAAAACACCCUGGACCAGAGCUACUGCUGCAAGAGACAAGGGGAGCUGAACACUGAUAUAAUGCACAAUCUGAAGUGGCACCCUAUUCCCUAUAUAGUGCACCAGUAUAGAAGCAGAUUGUGGUGGAUAAUGGUACAGUAUGGAUGAUGCUGGACUGAGCAGUCGGUUAUAUUUGGUGAUUCUUCCUGAUUGCCUUAAAUCUGACGGAGAGCCAUUCCAGCUGGCAUCAGUGUGUGUGUGUGUGUGUGUGUGUGCGUACUAGAGCUGGGACGAUAAACCCAAAAUUACAGACACCGCCUUCCUCAUACCAAAUCAUUUUGCAUACAUUUUGGGUUAUUUUGCUACACAACGUUCCUGUGGAUUGUUCUAGAACCAUUAUGUGGUCAACAGUAAUAGCCUAUGCAUUAUGUUGUUUCCUCCUAUGAAAGUCUCUGCCUGUACCUCGGGGCUGGCGCCAGGAUGAAUCAGUUGGACUGGCAUUUUAUUUCCAUAACGAGGCACUUAUGUUUUUCUUCACGGGACCUCCUGUGUGUAAAGACAUGUCAUUUAAUUAACUAUCAAAAUGUAUUACCUUUUAAUGUGGCAUGAACACAUCAUGACUGGUUUUCAUCUGAUUGUCAAACAAAUCACUUCAUUAAGUAGGUUAGCCUUGAUCUUAAUGCUUGUGGGUCACUUGAUAUUCUAUGAGAUUAUAAUGUUGGUCAAAAGGGAAAUAAAAGUAUGAGGGGCGAACGAAACUCUACCGGUGUCCUAGCUAGCUACCAACCAGUGUUACUGCUGCCUACCGGUGUCCUAGCUAGCUACCAACCAGUGUUACUGCUGCCUACCGGUGUCCUAGCGAGCUACCAACCAGUGUUACUGCUGCCUACCGGUGUCCUAGCGAGCUAGCACAGUGUCCUUCGCUCCCGCCUGCCCUCGACGUCGUUAACAGAACUGCGAGAAAGCAGUGUCCGACAAGCGAGGGCGAAGGUGGGGUUUAUCGGAGGUUGGCAUCCAACGUUAAGGUUCAUUACCGCCCCCCUACUGAACUGGCUCACCCCUGCCUCCCGCCUGUGUAUCACUGUCCUAACUUAAUCAUGGACCAAUAGAACUAUAAAGAGGGGUUCCUGCAGAUGAAGGAAUGACCACAUGCAGUAAUGCCCAGAAUUGCGAGUCGCAAUUACACCCUUCUCGUGGAGUGCGCGAUUUGCAGUGAAUAGACCUACAUCAAGUAGCCUAGGCCUGGAGCUGGGACGUUUCUGUAGGACAUUAGCCUACAUUUACUGAUCAAUUAAUCAAUUAGCAUACAUGGUGACCUAGCAACAAUAUCAUAUCUACAGUUCGUAGUCUAGCUCAGUGUUUUGAGGUCCUCAGGUGGUGAAUCAUAUAGCCUAGAGGACAAUAUGCACAAAGAUGUCAGCCAAUUCUCUGAAGAGGCCAAAAUAAAUGUGAUCAUUGUGGAUCCUUUUGACAGGUUGCACAUCAACCAUACCUUCCCUGGAUAUGUUGGAUGAAAUAUCUUACUUUUAGAAUCGUAGGCUACCGUCUCAGUUGUCUUACCUGGCCCUGGAAACACGUCUAGAGCCCUGCUGCUGCUUUACAUUUAAACAUGUGUCAUUUAGCAGACGCUGCUCUUCGCUGAUGUAAAGUAACUAACCAUUAAACACAGUUACAUUCAUCACGAUAGGACUUUUUGUCCAUGUGGCCCAGCUUUAGCAUACCUCCACUCAAAAUAACUGAUUUAACAAUAUUGCAACAAAUAAAAAAAGGAAAUGUA